CCCACAUGUUUUUAAUGAAAUAAUCAUAGCAAUGGUUAGUAAGUAAUAACCUUUUUGUUCCCAACGUAGAAUUGCCUUGGAGCACUAGAUGGAACACAUAUCAAAGUAAAUGUGCCUAAAGCUGAUCGACCAAGAUAUAGAACAAGAAAAUCAGAAAUCACCACUAAUGUACUCGCUGUUUGUAGCCAAGAUAUGCAAUUCAUAUAUGUCUUAUCUGGUUGGGAGGGCUCGGCGCAUGAUGGUCGAGUUCUUAGAGAUGUGGUUACAAAACCUAAUGGAUUGAAGGUUCCAAAUGGUUUUUACUAUUUGGUUGAUUCUGGCUAUGCAAAUUGCCCUGGAUUUCUUGCACCUUUUCGAGGGCAACGUUAUCAUUUGAGUUCUUGGGCAGAUGGACGUCAACCUCUCACGGCUCAAGAGUUUUUUAAUAUGAAACAUGCUAGUGCGAGAAAUGUAAUAGAGAGAACUUUUGGUCUUCUAAAAAUUCGAUGGAAAAUCCUUGCGAGUCCAAGCUUCUACAAUAUAGCAACUCAAAGGCGCAUAAUUAAUGCAUGUUGCUUAUUACACAACUUCAUUCGGAAAGAGAUGGAAGAAGACCCUGCGGAAUCUGAAAUUGACAAUUUAAUGUUAGGGGAAAACACAGAAGAUGAUGUUGACAACAUCACAGCUGUUGAUCCAACAGAUGAAUGGACCCAAUUUAGGAAUGACAUGGCAGUGGACAUGUUUAAUACAUGGCGAUCAACUUGAUUUUGAUAUUUAAUAUAUAUGUACUCAAAACUAAACUUGUGAUGUGGUGAUCUUUCUAGUAAUUGAUUUUCGA